CGAGUCCACCCUGCGGCGCUCUAGUCGGGGCUCCGAUAAGGCACGCGCCGCUCCCGCCCGGCGCCCGAACCGCCCCCGCCCCCUCGCGCGCCUCGCGCUCGCCGCCGCCCGCGCCGCCGGCCUCGAGAGGGCCUGCCUAGGGCUGGGAGGGCCCCCGGGCGGCCCCCCUAGGGUUUCGGCGGGAUGAGCUACCGGAAGGGGUCCAAGGUCUGGGUCGAGGAGAAGGGGGAGGGCUGGGUGGAGGCCGAGGUGGUCGAGGCCAAGGACCGCAGCGCCGUCGUCGUGCUCACCAGCCAGCGGAAGAAGAUUUCAGUUUUACCGGAGAAAUUGCUGCCUAGGGACACAGAUGAAAAUCUCGGUGGGGGCCAUGUCGAUGACAUGACCAAACUGACCUAUCUUAAUGAACCGGGUGUUCUAUACAAUCUGAAGCGAAGAUAUGCAUUGAAUGAGAUAUACACAUACACUGGAAGCAUCUUGAUUGCUGUUAAUCCUUUCACGAGGCUGCCUCACCUGUACAACGAGUACAUGAUGGAGCAAUAUAAGGGUGUCCAGUUAGGGGAAUUGAGUCCGCAUGUUUUUGCGGUUGCUGACGCAUCAUACAGGGCUAUGCUGAACGAUUCUAUGAGCCAGUCAAUCUUAGUUAGUGGUGAAAGCGGUGCUGGAAAGACUGAAACAACUAAGCUCAUCAUGCGGUAUCUCACAUAUGUUGGUGGCAGAGCUGUUCUUGAUGAUCGAUCAGUUGAGCAACAAGUUCUCGAAUCUAACCCACUUUUGGAGGCAUUUGGGAAUGCAAAAACAGUUAGAAAUGACAACUCGAGCCGGUUUGGAAAAUUUGUUGAGAUUCAGUUUGAUAAAAGUGGUAGAAUAUCCGGAGCUGCAAUUAGGACUUAUCUUCUGGAAAGAUCUCGUGUUGUGCAAAUUACUGAUCCUGAAAGGAACUUUCAUUGUUUUUAUCAAUUAUGUGCAUCGGGGAAGGAUGCGGAGUUAUACAAGCUUGGGCAUGCAAGCACUUUCCAUUACUUGAAUCAAAGCAAGACAUAUGAAUUGGAAGGGAUAAAUAAUGAAGAUGAGUACUGGAAAACAAAAAGGGCAAUGGAUAUUGUCGGAAUCAGCAGAAGUGAUCAGGAUGCUAUUUUUCGGACAUUGGCAGCCAUUCUCCAUCUUGGCAAUAUUGAGUUUUCUCCGGGAAAGGAUUCUGAUUCGUCGAAAAUUAAAGAUUCAACAUCAAAUUUUCACCUCCAAAUGACAGCUACACUACUCAUGUGCGAUCCAGAUCUGUUGGUCUCAUCUUUAUGUACCCGGUCUAUACACACCAAUGAAGGAAUAAUUAUAAAAGAAUUAGAUUGUGCUGCAGCAGCGGCUAAUCGUGAUGCUCUAUCAAAGACUAUAUAUGCAAGACUAUUUGACUGGCUUGUUGAGAAUAUUAACAAGUCUAUUGGUCAAGAUGUUGAUUCCAAGGCACAAAUCGGUGUUCUGGAUAUCUACGGCUUUGAAAGCUUCAAACACAACAGCUUUGAGCAGUUUUGCAUCAACUUUGCCAAUGAAAAGCUUCAGCAACAUUUUAAUGAGCACGUAUUCAAGAUGGAGCAGGAGGAGUACAAAAGCGAGAAAAUUAAUUGGAGCUACAUUGAAUUCAUUGACAAUCAAGAUAUGUUGGAUUUGAUCGAAAAGAAACCUAUUGGAAUUAUUGCACUGCUGGAUGAGGCUUGCAUGUUUCCAAAAUCUACUCACGCAACCUUUGCAUCAAAGAUGUUCAGAAACUUGUCUUCCCAUCCUAGGCUUGAGAAGACCAAGUUCUCAGAAACAGAUUUUACCAUCUCUCACUAUGCUGGCAAGGUGACGUAUCAAACAGAUUCUUUUCUGGAGAAGAACCGGGAUUAUAUUGUUGCAGAGCACUGCAAUCUUUUAUCAUCUUCAAGAUGUUCACUUGUUUCUGGACUUUUUAGUUCUUUGCCAGAAGAGUCAUUAAGAUCGUCGUACAAGUUCUCAUCAGUUGCUUCCCGAUUUAAGCAACAACUUCAAGCCCUCAUGGAAACGCUGAGCUCGACAGAACCUCACUAUGUUCGCUGUGUGAAGCCUAAUUCUGUUAAUCGACCUCAGCUUUUUGAAAAUCAAAGUGUCUUGCACCAACUUCGCUGCGGAGGUGUUUUAGAGGCUGUUCGCAUUAGUCUUGCUGGCUAUCCGACCAGAAGGACAUAUGCUGAAUUUGUUGAUCGGUUUGGAGUCCUAGUUCCUGAGUUGAUGUUCGGAAGUCAUGAUGAAAGGGCAUUGACAGAGGCAGUUCUUGAAAAAAUGAAGCUUGACAAUUUUCAACUUGGUAGAAAUAAGGUCUUCCUUAGAGCCGGUCAAAUCGCGAUACUAGAUGUGCGUCGUGCUGAGGUUUUGGACAAUGCUGCACGGCGCAUUCAAAGUUGUUUCAGAACAUUCGCUGCCCGCAAAGAGUUUGUGAAAACAAAGAAGGCUUCAAUUUCACUACAAGCAUAUUGUAGAGGUUGUUUUGCAAGGAAAAUGUAUAAGAUCAGAAGAGAAACAGCGGCUGCCAUAAUUCUUCAGAAGUAUGCAAGAAGGUUACUGUUACAGCGGAAUUACCAUGAAGCAUGUUCAGCAGCUCUGCUUAUCCAGUCUUGUAUUCGAGGGUUUAUUGCUCGCCGCUAUUUCUCAGCCAUCAGGGAGCAGAAGGCUGCGUUAGUGAUACAGUCCUUCUGGAGAAAACGGAAGGUUGCCAUGCUUUUCCAGCAUUACAAGCAAGCCACUAUAGCAAUUCAGUGUGCUUGGAGACAAAAGCUUGCAAGAAGGGAGCUAAGGAAGCUCAGAAUGACUGCAAAUGAAGCUGGUGCACUCCGGGAGGCGAAGAAUAAGCUUGAGAAAAAGUUGGAUGAUCUUACUUUAAGACUUACUCUGGAAAGGAGAAUGCGGGCUGCUGGUGAGGAAACAAAGUUGGUGGAGAUAUCAAAGCGGGACAAAAUAAUCGAAACAUUAAGCGCAGAAUGUGCUGCAGCUAAAUUAUCUGCCCGGAGUGAACAUGACAAAAAUCUAAUUCUCCAGAGGCAAUUGGAUGAUUCUUUGAGAGAGAUAUCUAUGUUGCGCAGUAACAAGAUUCUGAAAGCAGAAGAAGAAAAUGAGAACUCUAAUCUAAAGAACAUAGUCGAAUCAUUAUCGGAGAAGAAUUCAUUAUUGGAAAAUGAACUUAGCACAGCUCGUAAAAAUAGUGAUGAUACGAUGGAGAAACUGAAAGAUGUGGAGGGAAAAUGCACCCGCCUCCAGCAAAAUUUGGAUAAAUUGCAGGAGAAACUUACGAACUUGGAAAAUGAAAAUCAUGUUCUAAGGCAAAAGGCAUUUAGCAUUACUCCAAAACCGCUGCCUGAGAAAUUUGCUAACUCGACUGGUCUUACGAACAGCGAGCAGAAGCGCACAUUUGAAACUCCACCACCAACAAAAUAUCCGUCUCCUAUUCAACAUAGUACUGGGUCAAGGAGGGCAAGGUUGCCUGUUGAAAGGCAUGAGGGAAACCAUGAAAUCCUGUUAAGUUGCAUAAAGGAAAAUUUAGGGUUCAAGGAUGGCAAACCAGUUGCUGCAUGUAUCAUCUACAGAUGCCUUCUACAUUGGCGUGCUUUUGAAUCAGAGAGGACUGCUAUUUUUGAUCAUGUAAUUGAAGCCAUAAACGAUGUUCUUAAGGCAAAGGAAGCAGAUGGUAGAUUACCUUAUUGGUUGUCCAAUACUUCUGCACUGCUGUGCCUUCUGCAGAAGAAUCUACGGUCAAAUGGAUUUUUUGGUACACCAUCUCGCCGCUCUGCUGGAGGGCUAGGUGGGAAGUUAGCCCAACUUGCAGGGCGUGGUGAUACUGCACAAGUGGAUGCUAGGUAUCCAGCCAUACUAUUCAAACAGCAGCUAACAGCAUGUGUCGAAAAGAUAUUUGGGCAGCUAAGGGAUAAUCUAAAAAAGGAAAUAUCACCUCUUCUCAGUCUUUGCAUUCAGGCUCCAAAAUCAACACGCCCUGGAAAAGCUCCCAAAGCACCAGGGGUUAGUGCUCAACAGCCAUCGAACUCCCAUUGGGACAACAUUGUCAGUUUCCUAAAUUUGCUUAUGGAUACUCUGCGUGAAAAUCAUGUGCCAUCGUUCUUUAUACGUAAGCUCAUCACUCAGUUAUUCUCCUUCGUCAACAUACAACUUUUCAACAGUCUUCUUCUUCGGCGUGAAUGUUGUACAUUCUCCAAUGGAGAAUAUGUUAAAGCUGGACUGUCAUUGCUGGAGAAAUGGAUUACUGAUGUCUCUGAGGAGUUUGCAGGAACUUCUUGGCAUGAGCUUAAUUAUAUUAGACAAGCUGUCGGAUUUUUGGUUAUACACCAAAAAAGGAAGAAGACACUUGAGGAGAUCAGUCAAGAUCUCUGCCCGUCCUUGAGCCUUAGGCAAAUCUACCGGAUAUGCUCAAUGUACUGGGACGACAAGUACAAUACCCAGGGAAUAUCAAAUGAGGUUGUUGCCGCAAUGCGGGAGAUGGUCAACAAAGAUACUCAGAACCUCGCGUCAAAUUCCUUUUUGUUGGAUGAUGAUCUAAGUAUACCGUUUUCGACCGAGGAUUUGUCAAUCGCCAUCCCAGCAAUAGAUUAUGCGGAUGUGGAGCUGCCGGAAUCGCUUCAUCACUAUCCAUCUGCGCAGUUUCUACUGACGGCAUCAUGACCCACUCCCUGUGUAAUAGAACAACGAGGUUUGUGCUGCCGUGAAGAUCAGUUAAUCCCCAGAUUUUUAUGGGGUUGCACCCCUUCAGCAAUGUUGUACUGUUGUUUAGGUUUCUAGAGCAAAUUUGAUCUAGGGUGGAAGAGGGGUGAAUAGGUAUGCAGUUCCAAAGCAACAAUUGUUGCUAGACGCCGAACGGCCCUGGCUUCGUGGGUGUCCAGUUGUCUUGGCUAUCUAUGUUGUACAAAGAAUACUGUAGAAAAUGCUAAGCAGUUGCCCGAAAUUGAUUAACAUCUGUGGCAAAAUGUCCUGUUUGGUGCAGAACAUGUUUCGCACUCGUAA